AUGUCUCCCGUUGAAUCCAUACCCUACUAUCCAGACCGUGCACAAUAUGAUGCUCGGGUUCUUGACCACUUGCAGAGGCAACCUGCCCAGGCAGCUCUUCCCGCUGGCUUUCCUGCAGAACUGGACUCGGAUAUGGUCUGGGAAGGAAGUGAUCUGAAUCUAGAGGAAUCUGCCCAAGAAAACCGGACCAAGCUCAUGGUUUUGAAUACCUCGCAGUUGGCUGAGAUUGAUGCGGCUCUAAGUUAUUUUCAGACACUGAGCAAGUCCAUGCAUGAACUUGAUCCAUCCACUUUCCCCUCCCCCUCACUGCACCCUGUUCUCCGUGCUGUAUCGGACAAUCUACACUAUGGGUACGGCUUCACCCUGAUCCGUGGAAUCCCAGUCACCCAAUACACUCGGGAAGAGAACAUGAUCAUCUACGUUGGUGUCUCGGCCCAUAUCGCCUCCAAUCGGGGCCUCAUCAACCUUCGCAGCUUGGAAGACAAGCAGCAGAAUUUCUCCCUAGCCGCUUACUCUGAUGGCGAAGUCAUCUUCCACACUGAUGUGGGGGAUAUUGUGUCACUUUUUACAUUGGACGAAGCAGCGUCUGGCGGCGAAAGCCUGUUGGCCAGUGGGUGGAGAGUGUAUAACGAACUGGCCAAGAACCGGCCUGAUCUUAUUCGUGUCCUGGCAGAGGACUGGCCUAUUCCAAAUGGAAAACAACCUGAUAUCGUCACCCACCGGCCGCUUUUAUUCUACCAGCCUCCUGCAGGCGAUGCCCCGGAACGAAGAAAUCUACUCAACUCCGCGCAGGCAGAGGCAUUAGACGCCCUCCACUUUCUGGCCGAAAAGUUCCACGUUUCCAUGCAGCUGCAAAGAGGUGAUAUGCAGUUUAUCAACAAUAUGAGCAUGAUCCACGCGCGAAACAGCUAUCAGGAUGAUGAGAAUCAUACGCGCUACCUUCUACGGCUGUGGCUUCGGGAUCCCGAAAAUGCAUGGACAGCACCAGAACCACUGCAAGCGCGAAAGUCCCGGCUCUACGAUGAAGAGUUCUCAUAUGGACCCCAGGUUUUUCCAUUAGAUCCCAGCGCCAGAUCGGCUCCGCCCAGUUGA